AUGGAGGCGGAGCUGUCCCAAGCAAGGGCUCGGAGGGAGGUCGGCGGCAUCGGCAUCGGCGGCGGUGGUGUCGCGGAAGUUGCCAGCCCUGCAGCGUCCACCGCAGCCCUGGAGACUCUGGCAGACCCGGCGGUUAACGAACCUCAGGACGUGGAGCUGAGCCAGUUGACGCAAGAAACCGGGGUGGAUCUGUCCCAGGCCUCCGCCCUGUCUAUCUCCCAUCUGGCGGAUGCGGAGGAACCUCUCUCUCAGGCUACCCAGUGGUUGGCGGUAUUCAAGGACAGCCAGGAGGCCUGGAGCUUGGACGAUAUCUUGCUCUCUCCGGGAGGAGCGGAAGCCGAAGAGGCGAAGAGCGGGGGCGAAGAAGAAGAGCAGCAGGCAGGAGAGGCAGCAGCGGCGGCAAUGAUAGACUCGGUCGGAGCAGUCGCUCUCGCGGCCGAAGCUCUCUCCCCCUCCAAGCACCAGCAGCAGCAGGGGGGGGGACAAGAAGCGGCCGGGAGCAGCACUCUCUCGCUCUCCCCCCGAUUGCUGUCUCCAGGAUCGGGGGCGGUAACGCCCAACAACGCCACUGCUGCCGAACUGUCUCCCAUGCUCCCCCCGGCGCCCCUGCCAUCGGGGGCGGUGGUAAGCCGCGCUGCGGCAGCAGCGGCGGCGGCGGCGGGACGAGGCAGCGGGACGGGGCUCGGAGCGCUGCUGUCCCCCGGGGGAGGGGGUGUCCCGCUCGGCGCCGGCGCGCAGGCGGCGAUUGCGGCGGGCUUGGCGAGCGGGGUGGUUCGAGUCGGGGUCGGGUGCCUCGUGACUAACCCCAAGAAGCCGGGCUGUGUUUUGAUUGGCAAGAGGAAGGGGUCCAUCGGAGCGGGAACCUGGGCUCUUCCAGGGGGUCACUUGGAGGUCGGGGAGGAGUGGCCGAGGUGUGCGGAGAGAGAAGUGCUUGAGGAGACUGGGCUGGAGGUGGAGACCCCAACGUUCUCGUGGGUGAUGAACAACCCCAACAUGGAGGGCGGAAAGCACUACGUUACCGUCUUCAUGCUCGCACCCGUCGCCAACCCGGACAAGGAGCCGAUCCUCAUGGAACCCAACAAAUGCGAAGGGUGGUCGUGGGAGACCUGGAAGUCGUUAGAAGAUCGUCCCGGGCAGAAGAGAAAAAGUCGAGCACGAGGCGGGCCGUGUGGAGGAGGAGGAGGAGCAGGAGCAGCAGGAGGAGGAAGCGGUGCCGGAAGAUGGGCGCCGGGGGAGCGUCUGUUCCAUCCCCUGGCCGCCCUCCGGAGCACCACCUACGACCCCUUCAAGGGCGUCCUUUGA